AGGUGCCGGUGAGCCGCCAGAGUCCUACAUCCCGGCAGAAUCACUGCAAGUCAGAGCACUCCUACCCGCUCCUCCACCGGCCCUUAUACCCAUCUUCACAGCGGUCCAGUCACCUCGCGCGCACACUCCAUCCCUACGCGCUGGGCUUCCGUCAGGGCGCGCCCCGCGGGAGAGCGCGAGACGCCCCUCUUCCCUCAGCCCGCCGCGCCGGGAGGCGGGGUCCGCCGCCCGCCCCCCGCCGUCAGCCUCCCCGCCCGCCCGCCGCUCCCCGCGGGUGUCGGGCGGGUACCCAGGUCCAGGCAGCGGCCGCAGAAGGGGCGGCGGCGGCGGCGGCGGCGGGCGCCGCGGGCGAUGCCCCUGCCCCGCUGCUCCGGCGGGGGUCAGUGCGAGCGGCGGCGGCGGGGGAGGAGGCGGGGGGCGGCGGCCGCGGCGGAGGGGCCGAGGGCCGGCGGCGGCCGCGAAGGGCAUCGGCGGCGGCGGCGGCAGUGAUGGCAGAGGCGAUCUGAAGAUGGAAGGAGCCAGGCGCAGGGGAGGCGGCGGCGGCCGUGGCCGUGGAGGCAAGACUGUAGGGGGCUCUGGCCUAAGCAAGAGUAGACUCUAUCCGCAGGCCCAGCACUCUCACUACCCCCACUACGCCGCUUUAGCCACCGCUAAUCAGGCUGGGGGCGCAGCCGAAAUCCAAGAACUAGCCUCCAAACGAGUGGACAUCCAGAAAAAGAGGUUUUACCUAGACGUGAAGCAAAGCUCGAGGGGACGGUUCCUAAAGAUAGCUGAAGUCUGGAUAGGGAGAGGCCGGCAGGACAAUAUCAGAAAGAGUAAACUGACCCUCUCCCUGUCUGUGGCAGCAGAGCUGAAGGACUGUCUAGGGGACUUCAUCGAGCACUACGCCCACCUGGGCCUGAAAGGCCACAGGCAAGAGCAUGGCCACAGCAAAGAGCAAGGCUCCCGGAGGAGGCAGAAGCACCCAGCACCCUCCCCUCCAGUCUCAGUGGGAUCUGAAGAGCAUCCUCACAGUGUCCUCAAAACAGACUACAUAGAGAGGGACAAUAGGAAAUAUUACCUGGACCUAAAGGAAAAUCAACGGGGUCGCUUCCUAAGGAUUAGACAGACCAUGAUGCGGGGCACUGGCAUGAUAGGUUAUUUUGGCCACACUUUGGGCCAAGAACAGACUAUUGUCCUCCCUGCACAAGGAAUGAUUGAGUUUCGUGAUGCCUUGGUUCAGCUAAUUGAAGACUAUGGUGAAGGAGACAUAGAAGAACGAAGAGGUGGAGACGAUGACCCGCUUGAACUCCCAGAGGGGACUUCUUUCAGAGUGGACAAUAAAAGGUUCUACUUUGAUGUGGGCUCUAAUAAAUAUGGAAUAUUCCUGAAGGUAAGUGAGGUGAGACCGCCUUACCGUAAUACUAUUACUGUUCCAUUCAAAGCUUGGACAAGGUUUGGGGAGAAUUUUAUCAAGUAUGAAGAAGAGAUGAGGAAAAUUUGCAACAGCCAUAAAGAAAAGAGAAUGGAUGGCAGAAGGGCCAGUGGUGAAGAACAAGAAUGCCUCGACUAGAGUGAAAUUGAACUCCAUCAGGCAAAAUUUUAAAUCAUAAAUUGGCUAAAAGUACUGAUCCAUAAUCAUUUGAAGAAGUUUUUUCUCUCUCUCUCUUUUUUUUUUUUUUUUUUUGGCCUUUGUUAUUAGUAAUACCUCUAGUAGUAUAUACUUCAAGAAGUCUGAUUCUCAUGUUCUGUUAUACAUAGAUCACCAUAAUUCUUAUGGGAAUUCCAGCCUUCCCAGUUGAGCUGUUUCAACUGCUCCAGACUUUUGAAGUAUGCAAAUCAGCACAAAAUGUGACAUUUUGACCUUCUAAAUACUAUAAGAUUUACAUUGCACUGUGAUAUAAUCCUGAAAAAAGAUAUACAUACUUAAUAUGGGAGUAUGAAUUUCUAUUUAACAAAUUCCCCCCUAAAAAAGUAUUUCAUUCCUACUUCAUGAAAAGCUGCUAAGCAUACCUGUAGGACACCACAGAAACAGAGACUGACCACAAGUAUAACAUAAAUACCAUAAAAGUACAAAUAGAAAUAUAUUGUCCUUUGCAUAAUUCAAUAUUACAUGGUAGGGGUCAAAAAAGUGAAAUCUUAUUAGAUAAUUAAAUUUUAAAGAUACAUGAUCAUAAUAUUUCUUAAUGUAGUAUUCUAUAAUUUCAUAUACUGUGGUAACCUACAGUUUGUAGUUGCCGUAUCAAAGCCAUGAGAGAGUUCUGAUUUGUUAUCCUAAGAUAGUUACAAUCCCAUCUUCACUUCAGUUUGUUGUACCAUAUAUUUUUGUUGACUUUCCAAAGUUUCAGGAAUUACUUUUGUGUCACUUUUGAGUGAGAGGCUUCAUCCAGUGGCUUUGCUAUGAGAAUCUUGGUAUUUUAGCAUUUCAUGCUAAUUUGAAGAUUGUGAUAGAUUUUUUUCCCUAAAAUAUAAAAUGGACUCAAGAUGUUACAUUUUAUGUUUCUUCUUUAACACAGUUUCAGAGGGGUUGGUGCACCAAUUAACUGAUACAAAAACAUCUGUAAUACUGUAUUUAAGUAGCACUUUUGCAAUUGGUACCCAUAAAAUGAUGUCAGACUUCCAAUAUAAACCUGACUUUUAUAGAUAUUUUAAUUCCAGAAUGAAAAAAAAUUUCUAAAAGCAUUUAGAAUACAAAUUUUCAGUUUGGGAAAAAUAUUUGAAGAUAGUUUUGGUUGUAAGCAUAUGCAAAAAGAAAAUUCAGGCAUUAUCCAAGGUGCUCUUUAUGAUACUUUAAAGAGGUUUACUUUACACAACUUAUCCGUUUACCUGUAUUAAAAAUUACUUUUCAGAAAGUGCCACAUCAACUUUUCAACACCUAAGCAAUUUUUUAAACAAGUGGAUAUAGUGUAUAUGUGUACCAACCCACACUGUAUUAACUGACUUUCAUUGUUAACUAUAUUUUAUUCUGAAUGAAGUGAUUGUCUUUUACCUUGGCUUUAUUAACUUACCAUACAAUGAGAACAUAUAAUCAUGUUUAAGAGCCAGAACACUGAUUUCAAUCCCGAAGUAUAGCUCAUUGAUGAGAGCUGGCUGCAUGGAUUGAGAUCAGAAGAUAGCUCUUCAAUAUAUUACAAAAGUAAUUAUUUAAAUAUUAUUUAAAAAUUGUCCUUCAGAAAUUUGUCCCCAGAUAGUGUCCCUAAGAAAGCUUUGUUACAAAAUAAGAAAGUUAAUUUCAUUGAUUUAUAUUGCUUAAGAACAGGUGAUCAGUAACCCAGACAUACAUACUGGUGUUAGUUUGUAGAUUACAUGUCACGUUUCCUCAAGUAGUGUGAAGGAAUCUCAGUUCAUUAAAAUGUGGACCAUCUGGAUCACUAUGGAACAACUGAAGGUUAGAAGAUAAUAUUAGUACUAGAGUUAAUAGCACAUGGUGGGUGUUGAGACUAUAAAGUAGCAAAGAUUUUUUAACAAUCCUAACUGUAAAAUAUCAUAACAAUGUAGGCUUGCUAAAAAGUAGUUUUUGGUAUAUGAAGGAGUGAUGUGCACUUGAAUUACUGUACUACUGAUUGUUAUUGCUGCCCAUCAUAGUGCCUAUUAAUAAUCAACCUGUCAGAUUUUGGCAAACUGGAGCUGUGAAUAUUCCAGUGUUCAAUUGUUCCUAUCACGAUUGCUAUGAGUAUAUGCUCUCUCUUAAAACCUUCCUUUUUAAAAUAUUUAUAGCCAUUAGGAAUAUAUGAUUUCUUUUUUGGUUUUUAGUCUGAUAAGAUUUGAGUAUGCAUAUAUAUAUAUAUGUGUGUGUAUAUAUAUACACACGUUACUAUAUCAGACUUAAAGAUAACUAUUCAAUUCAUUGUAUAUAAUAUUAUUAGUUUAAUAAUGCAUUAUUUAAGUAAAGAAUUAGUUACACAGCCAAAUUUUUUACCUUGUAUGUAUACUUUAAAGUUUUGCUAUCUCAAGAUUGGAUAGAUGCAUAUAUACCAGAAAAAUGAAUAUACGCUAACAUUAAGGCUUCUACCAAUCCUUUUGUUUUACCUUUUCAUAGUUAAUGUAUUCACUGAAAAAUGUGAUACUAUGAUUUUUGAUAUUUAAAAUUUCCUAGAAUUCAUUAGCCAUAAGUAAGUAUGAUCCAAUUCAAAGCUCUGGUAUUAAGACAUGUAUUGCCAUGUAUCUUUUGAAAUAAGCUACUAUGCUUAUCUGUGCAAUAUACAUUUUAUUUAUCAUCACUUAUAAAUGAAGCUGCAAGUGUACAUGGUAUUCUUCAAAAUAUCAGGAUCCUUGCCUAGAAGAUAUUAAUCUCCUAAGGCAACUGGAUGUUAGAAGUAAAAAAAUGAGCAUUGAAGUUAGUAACCAAAAUUACUAGUUUACUGUAUAAUGCUAAAACUGAUGAUGUUUGCACAUAAUAAUCCAAGCAUAAUGUGGUACAGACUCAAACUGUAAUAAUAUAAGCUAAUAGUAUGAAUUUGGAAACGGGUUCCUCAUAAUAGUUGGCAGUAUGCUCCUAGCAAUUAAAAGCAGCACUAAUCCGUUGCUUAUAUGCAAAAGAUGCAAUGUACUAUAAAGGUAUUAAAGUUCUGCCACAUUUUAUAAUUUUCCUUUUUAAAGCCCCAAACUGCCAUGUCCCUUAAACUUGAGUCAAACAUAAGCUUAUUUGCACUAAAGAGCAUGGCCAAAAAAAUAAAUGACAGGGUGGAAAAGCUAGUUGGAACCUUUUGGAAUAAUUGGUUCUAAUGAGAGAAUUUCACAUUUGUCUAUUUGAAAGCUAUAUGGUCCAGGCAGACAAUCUGUCAGUUCACUAAUUUAAUAAUGCACUUUACCUUUUGUAUAUAGAAGAUGUACAUUUAUGUCUCUUGAAAGGUGGGAUGUGUUUCAGUAACUACGUAGUUAGAAUCUGUAGGAUGAUCUCUCUUGCAUGCAUAUGUUUGUGUUGGAACUGUUGUAAGUAACAGCUUUCCAUUAAAUCAGUGUAAUGGAGAAGGGUAGAAGAUGCAGUUGAAACAAAUCCCAAUGCAUUUAACAAUGAAUUUUGGAGUUCACUUUUGUAUUCUUAAGGAUUAGAAUACAUUUUAAAAGCUAUUUCUAAUCCAGAUGAGUAUUGCAUUUGAGACUAUAUCUACUUGAGACUCUUCAUAAGACUCUGAAAGUUAAUUUUGGGAAUUUAUCUAGAUAAAGUAAUUUUUAAUGAUUCUAUUUCAUUGUUGACAUAUGUUUAAAUAACAAAAAGAUAGUACAGUGAUACUGUACUAGAAUUAAAAGUUUGGUUAGCUGAUAUUUUUUUAAAUACCCAGAUCAAACAAACAAAAUUUCAAGUUAAGAAAAUGCAACGAGCCUACUGUUACUAAAAUAAAUAAAUAAAACAUUUCAAAAUUUGCAUAUGUACCAAUUAAAAAGGGCAUUGUGGGAUUUAGUGUAUCCUUCCAUCCUAAAAAAUUCCUGAGAUGUACAUUUUAAAAUUACAUAAUUGUUUAAUAAUAGGUUGUAUGUACUUUACUGAGAAACACUGUGUACUAACAAAUCAUUGAGAGUGUGCUAUAUUUACUGCAUUCAUUUUAUAUCUAUAGAUAAGAAUACAUUAUAUAUAGUCAUACUAUCUUAAUACAAUCAUGUAUUUAUAUUGUAAUUUUGCAAAUAUUUUCAGUAAAAUAAACAUUUAUCUAAGCUGCACAAUUUGAAGAGGAUGAAAUUAGAGUAUACCCUCAGAUACUCAUUUUUAUAAGCAGCUACAAUUGAAAGCUGAUGUAUGUAUCGUCAUUUAAGUUUUGUUUCAUAGUUAUUUUGAUAUUUAAUGAAUAAGACUUAAUUUGAAUUUUUAAGUGGUUUUCUGAAAAUAAUUUAUUCAUGUGUAAGAUCUUUUUUCCUGGUUAUUUCUAAAUGUCUUUAAUUAAAACUAAUAUGAAAUCCUAUUCCAAACUUUUUGUGAGGGCUUUGCUUAGUCACCACUUAGUUUGAAGUCUGUCUUUACCAAAAUAGUAAACAUCUUCAGCAGGAUGUUUUGAUUGUAAAAAGAAGUUAACAUUGAUUCUAAAGCUAAAGAAUAUUGCAGGAGUAAUAUUUAUCAUUGCCAAUUAUGAAUCUUAAAAUCUGAAGUUUCCUUAAAGAUUUCUUGAUUUUCAUAAAGAUACGGUGACUAAUGAUUAGCCCAUCAGAGGAAGAGAAUAAAGAUGUUAACAUGCUGUUUAGACAAUCCACAGUUCACAUACUGUAGUAAUGGAGUACAGGAAAACUGUGUUUCCCAAUUUAAUGUUAUAUGAAAAUUGGAAUUUUAGAUCACAAAAACUGUCAUAAAAUAUGCCCAAAUUUAUAUAGGUAGAUGUUAGAAAAAUGUUAGUAUAUUUUCUUGUAUAAUGGAAAAAAUCAAGCUAUGUUCUUACUUUAACAUGACAUUUUAAAUUUAUUUUAGUAGUGGGAUUUUAAUAUUGUUGAAUAGGGAAAACUAUAUAGUGCAAUAUUUAAAUACUACAAAUGGUUAGACAGUGAAAAGUAGCAACCAAUGUUACCAAUUUUUCUUGUGUAUCCCUCCAGGGUUACCGUGUGUAUACAAACAUAUAUGUAUAUACAUUUAUUCUUUUUAAAUAUAUACAUGAAAACAUGUAUACUUUCCCCUAUCUCCUAGUAUUAAUUUUAGAUCUGGCAUUUAAGGUAUUUUUCCUUUUACAUAAUUAACUGUCAUACCUAAUAUAGUUAACAUACCAUUUAAUUUAAAUAUUAUAUCAAGAGAGUAUCAAAGAACUUUUGAAUGAGUCCCAUUGGUAUUUACUUAAACGUUUUGUAUAUGUUAAUUUUUAAAAUGUAUAAAUGUUCAGGUGAUCCUAAUUUCCUUUUACUGUGCUUCCUAAUCAUUUUACCUUUCUAUAUUCCUUCUGUCUUGAAGUAAAAAAGUUUAAGAGCAACCGCAUAUUAAAUAAUUUAACCAAGUGUUACUUUAGGUUAACUAUGUUUUCUAAUGGGAAACAUCCAUAUUCAUAAAGCUUUAACAAAUUAUGACUUGAUUUUUAUGAAUUCUAUUACUGUUUCUAUCCAAAGACCUUGUCAGUAUAAGAACAAAAUAAUAUUAGGACUAUAGUAAAAGAUUAUAUUAUGACUUUGUUGAAGUGUUUUGAUUUAUUACACAAAGGUUUUAUGAUAUGAAGAAUAAAUGGGUUUAUUCAACAACUUCAGCAAAUCCAAGUCUAUGCAAAGAGAUAACACUGACCCUAAUUGUUAAAUGCAUUAAUUUCUUAUUGAAGGACCCAGAGUCUGUCACUUGUUCUUAGGAUCAAAAGAUACCAUGAUGAUUUGGAGAAAGAGUAAAAAUUGAGAGACAAAGAGAUUCCAAGUGCCACUAAAACUUUUCCAUUUUCUGCUGGAAAAGAUAGUAAAAUAAAAUGGUAAAUAUGAUUGUUUAAAAUGCAGUUAGUAUUAUUCUGAAAACAUAACCAAAAAUAGUAAUUCCCCUCUCCCACAGAAAAAUCAUUCUCAUCAAAUACAUACUAUGAGAUCACUUUUCUAUUGAAUACCAAGAAAACAUUAUUGUCUGAAAAUUUAAGAUCCUGUAUUUCAACUCUUCAGUUUUACCAGGUGAAGCAAGGACAGCAUUAGGAUUCAGUGCAGUUAAAAAACAUGUUUAAAGCCAUGUAGAUGAGGAAGACUUUUUUAAAGGAUCGGUAUUUAUAAAUUUUAUGAAAAUGUUAAAAUGUAAAAUUUAAAAUUGUCUAAACUUCAUAAGAAUAUCUCCAUUUUUAAUGACAUGUUGUUUGGUUUGGUUUGGUUUGGUUUGGUUUGGUUUGGUUUAGUUUGGUACCAGGGAUUGAACUCACAAGCUCACACUUGCCACACAUGUGUUUGUGCUGCUGAGCUAUAUUCUCAGCCCUAGUGAUGUAUUUUUUGUUUGUAAAAUGGAAGAGGUGCUAGAACACAGUAUCCUCUUAAACACAUUUUAAAAGCAUAGAAGAGUUUUGAUUAUUUUAGUAACGAAUAACAUACCAUCCUUUAUAGAAUCUAUAAAAUGUAUAAGGAUCUCCAAGUAUUCACUUCUUUAUGCUUAAACUGGUAUGUUCAUAAAUUUCCCCUUCUUUAAAGGGAGAGGUCAAAAGCAAAGUAAAUUGACUUCCAAGAAUAAAUUUUAUUUGAGUUCAUGCUAAAAAUAUUUAAGCAUGUCCCAUCUUUUUAAUCAAGGAGUUUCCCAUGCUGGUGCUUUCUGAUAAACUGUUUUCUAGACUUUACUUUCCAGUACUCCUUGUGAAAAUUCUUAAAUUGAGGCCAGUGAUAGCUACUGGAAAAUUGAAAGCAUAGUGCUGUGGUGUGGUUAUUUGAACAAAAUAACUUAUUUAAAUGGAAUAUAUGCUUAACUUUUUCUAAAGCUAGAUAGUAGUUGGCUGUCUUCUCAUUCUACAUUCGUAUUAAGUUUCUGCAAGAAUUGUGGUAUUCAAUUUUUAUUGACCUAGGAAAUACUAGGACUUUAAAAAGAAAGUAACACCUAUGAAAAAUGGUACAGUGUUUAUAACUCAAAAGUUGUUCAGAUUGUAAGAUGGGGGGGAAGACGUUUGUUGUUUUUUUGUCUUUGACAUACUAAUGGUAUAAGUCUGAUUUCUUUAUCUGAUUAAAAUCAAAUUUUCUUUUAUAAGAAGUUACUAUAUUCUGAAAUUGUAUUUUAUUUUUCUUAUAGAAAUGGUUCUGUAGAUUAAUACUCUUCUGCAGGAUUUUAUUUUUCAUGGAUACAAUAAGGUUGUGUACAAGUAGCAAAUAGAAAAAAAUCAGGAGAAAGUAGUAGCUGAUCAUUUUGCCCAUCUAUAAAAAAAGACAUCACUCUAACAGAAAAGUCAAUUUCAAAAUAAAGCAUCUAUGUAUUUCACCUUUUAAAAAUCAUUUGAGAAAUAGUUAUAUGACUAAUUCUGCCAAUAUGUGGCCUGACUCUUGAGUAAGUCAUUGAAUGUCCGUGGUGGUUUCCUCACAGAAAAAAAAACAACGUUGAGCUAGAAGCUAAGGCUCAUUCCUACUCUAGACUUAAAAUUCUGCAUCAGUGGAGUAUAAAUGCAAAAACAGAUAAAGAAUACUAAAAUUGGAAAGUGUAAGUCUCUUCAUUUAAAUGUAAAUAUAAUAAUGUUAUGAUACCCAAAGGAGCAAUGGAGCAGUGUCAGUUCUAUAACAUCUCUAUAUUGCUUUAGCCACACAAAAUUAAAUUUUUUCUGAGUCCUUAUUAAUAUCACACUGUUGUAUGCUACAUAACCAUCUUUAAUAUCUUGAAAGAAAUAUUUUAUUGUUUUACAAUGUCUUGUUCUUUGGAAAGAGCAUCUUUCAUUCUGCAUAGCAAAGGAAUACUGAAACUAACAUCACUUCCUGAAAUGCCAUUUGUUCCUUCAAUAAGCAUAAAUUGCAUUGCUGAGUAAUAUACUGUAACUGUCAUUACAGUGGGCCCUGAGAAUCAAAUACUGCCUUUGAUCACUUUUACCUUGAUUUUAUUGAAUAAAAAAAUGACUUUUUAGCAAAGAACAUCAAGAAAGAAACCAAUCCAUGAAAAGUAUCUUUUGUUCUAGAGUACCUGUACCUACUAAAAUGUGCAAAGAUUAAACAUCCUGAAAGUUUGUUAUAGCCUUGAGAAACUGCAGAAGUUGUUGAUGAUUGGUAAAGAGAAGAAGCACCUAGGCUUUUGUCUUGAGGCGUUGAAUUAGGCUCCCCAUUCCUAUACCAGCAGAGCCACACUCCUGGUGGUGGAGAGAACUGAAGGAGUAACACCUCAUAACACCUCUCCAGCACUUUUCUUUGGUUCUUGUUUGUCAAACACAGUGCUUAAGAACAACCUAAUUGUGUUUUGAUCACUCCAAAACUGUCUCUGCACAUAAAAUUCCAUUGAUGAGACAUUCUAUGUGAUAAACAAUCUUCGGCCCAGUAGUGGUUCACAGUAGUAAUUUGGUUGACCUGUUUUGAACAAAUUCCAUCAAAUAAAUUGGUUAUUGUAGACAAUUUUUUUCUCUUUUUCCCCUCUGUCUUCUCAAAAUAGUAGAUACAGUUUAGGUUCUUGAUUAUUUUGUCUUUCAGUUCUGUGUGAAAUCUCAGUGGGGUAUGUAAACAUACUUUAGCUUAGCAGUUCUUUUGCUAUUUUAUGGAAAUAUUCUUCAACUUCCCUUCAGACAAUUCAAGCAACUUUACCAAAAGAACAUACCUAAAUGUAAAAACUACCCAGCAAAUUGAGACUACAGAGCCAUAAGAAAGUUGUUUAGGAAUACACAUUUUGUACAAACACCUGGACUCAGUACACUCCUUAUCAUUUGCUAAUUCACUUCAGAGACUGCUGGAUUUUAGUUGUAAGUUUUUUAGACUAGCAGUGUGAUUCAUACCAAAUGAUUUGACAGUUUCAUGAUUCCAGGUGGACAAAGUCUGUCACUUAUUAAAUACUUCAGAACUGGUAUGCCAUACUGUAAACUAGAUGUAAAAGUAAAAUCUAAACUCCAUAAGUCAUAGUCUUCUCUUCUCCCUUCCCAUACACUGUUCCCCUGUGGAAAUGCAUUAAUCUGUGCUGCUUCUACUUCAUCCAGUUUCUCAGGACUGAUGGUCUGUUUGUCUGUCUGUUUCUCUUUCUCUCUGUCUCCCUCCUCCUCCUCCUCCUCCUCGUCCUCCUCCUUCUCUUUCUUCUUCUUCUGCUUGUUCUUCUACUUCUUCUCCUCUCUCUCUCUCUCUCUCUCUCUCUCUCUCUCUCUCUCUCUCUCUCUCUCUGACAGGGUCUUUCUUUGUAGUUCAGGUCACCUUCAACUCACUGUGUAGCCCAGGCUGACCUUGAGAUCACUGUGAUUCUACAUCCUCAGCCUACCAAUUACUGGGACUAGAGACAUAUGCCACCAAGCCCAGCCAAAGUGUUAUUCUUCACUUUUCAAUUCACAGUGACUCUUUAGAAAAUAUAUGAUUAGCAUGACUGACAGGUAGUUUGAGAAAGUUUGACAGAAAAGUUGUCCAGUGGCCAUUUUUAAAGAGAAACCAUAAAAGGAACUUUAUUAGUACUAAUUAUUACUUGUUGAAUACCUACUCUAUACUAGGGAAUUGUAUAUGUACUAUUUCCUUUCUUCCCCCCUUCUUGUAUGCUAAGCAAGAGCACUACUCCAGCUCUCUUUCCUUGUUGAAGAUAAGGUCUUGCUAAAUUACCCAGGUUGGGCUUCGACUGGUAAUCCUCAGUCCUCCAAAUGCUGAAGUUAUACGCCUGUGCCAUCUGUCCUGGCCAUAUCUACCGGUACUAUUUCUCAUCCUCGUGACAUUCUCAUUUUCAUGUAAUUCUCCAGAGCCUUAGAAACUAGUUAAAGUUUCAUAACUAAUAUAUUUGAACCCAGAUUCACACCAAAACAAACUAUGCUCAUUCACUUAGGCCAGGCUAUGUUUAAGACAUGCUCUAAAACUGAUCCCCUGAACUCUUAAUAAAACACAGUCUACCCCCUCCCCCUGAAAUUCUAAAUAAAUCUCCCUCAGAUAUCCAGUAGUUAUUUUAUCCAAAACUGUCAUCUUUAUAUGGUAUUCAACAAAAGACAUUUGCUCAUCUGAAGAUUUAAUCAAUUGGUUAAAAUUGCUGCUAAUAAAUCCAAUUUACUUAAUCUUUUGCAUAGUCUACAGAUUGAACCUCUAAUCCUGGUCCACUCAAAUAAAUGCCAGUAAUUUUUAAUUCUUAAAAAAGUUGGGUAUUCCCUGUGAGCAAAGAGACAAGUUACUGUUCAUUGAAAGCCUAAAUUUCAUUUUCAUGAACCAAAACAACUGGGAAUGUUAAAUUUGGAAACAAAUCUUAGUAAUAUUAUUGAGAGUUUUGAUUGCUUCUUCCAACUUUUUGCUGCCAUCUUACUGGUUUCUAACAACCCUCCCUGCCAUACAUCAUUUCAUUCAUUUUAUGUUUAAUUAUCAUCUCCUCUUCCUUUCCUUAGCUCCAACAGGAUAAAGUGGGGUAACUGCUCCAUUUAGAGAUAAUGUGUUUUUCUUCAUUACUGCAGGACUAUCGUUUAUAAACCUUAGUGUGAUGAGUCAUCUGCAGGAUUUGUUAAACCACAGAUUGCUGGGCCCCAGCUCCAAAGUUUCCAUUUGUUAUAAAUGAGGGUGUAGAGAGAGGACCUAGAAAUUUCUAUCACAUCACCAGGAAAGUGGAUGAUGCUGAUCUGGGAACUGUACUUUAAGAAUCACUGCUCCAGGUUGAUGAAAUUCUACGAGAGCUUCAAAAACAAAUAGAAGAAAAAUUUAGUCAAAACAAUUACUGUGUCUUGGUGGGAGAAGACAGCAGUACUUACUCUGCCCUGAGAAGUUUACAAAUCUUCAAACAAACUUUUUUUAUAAGUUGUAUAGAGUUUUGCCUUUAAAAAAAUUAUUUUUUUCCUUUUUAUCCUUUCUUCAAUAACCUUUUGGAUUUACUCUCACUAUUUUAAGAUCUGUUAGGAAUUAAUUAUGAAAACAAAAAUCAAAUGUAUGCAGAUGUGCAUAUUUUUAAUUUAUUAAAGAAUUCUAGUAUGUCAAUCAGCAAUAAUUUUUCUGUUCAAUAAUUAUUAACACAAAUUUAGCAAAUGUUAAUUAUUAGAACUUGACCUUGGAAUUACUUUAAUCUUUGAAUUUUACAUUUUGUGACAUAUGCCAUAUAUCUCAAAGAUUCGUAAUUAUAAAGUAGUCUAAACAGUUUAAAGACUGGUCCUUAAAACAUUAUCUCUUGAGAUACAUGAAUGAGAAAUAAACCAAUUUCUAUUAAAAGCAUGUAAUACUGUCAAGCUCUUCUGAUACUGUCUUUGUAUGUACAGGACAGAGGAACUGUAAACUAUAGUGAAUUUAUUGCACAUUCUUAGAUUAAUAAUUGGACUCUUUAUUAGAGGUAUUUAUUUAUUCCUAUGCACUGAUUGAGCAUAUUAUUUGAAAACAACUACAAUUAAAAAUAAUUGUUUGCCAACUUUAUAGACAUUCUAUAAUGUGCUGAUCAAAAUGAAAAAACAUGCUUUAUACUAAAUCUAGUUAAUAUAUAACUACAGAAGCUCCUUAAUAACCAUUAUUCUGGUGGAUCACAUGCUAUUGGAAAUAUUGAAUUAACUAAUACAUAGGCAAUUCUGAGUUCUUUGACUUCUCUUUCCAUCCACUACCCUUCCAUAGUGUCCCAGAACACUGAAUGGUUCCCUGUGAGCAAGAUUGACAAAACUGCUUAUAAAUAGUCAUGAAAUCAAAAGAAUCAUUGUAAGUUCUUAAAUUCUCCUUCUCAUUUGUAUUAUACAGCUACAAUAUAAAUUUUAUAUUAAAAAUUUAAGUCAUCAACUUUCAUUUGAGUAGGUUUCAGGUGGAAUCAUUUAGAGUAGUUUCAACAAACUUCAAGAUCAAUUAUUUUUCCCUGUUUCUAGACUUACUGAAGGCAGAAGCUAGACAUUCACUUAAUGAAGGAUACAUAAGGGAAAUAAAUCGGACAAGAAUUAUUACUACCUCAAAGAUCCUUUUCAAUCCUGAGAGAAUCAAAAUUUAUUAGGCAUAAUGCUUGGAAAUUUUAUAUUCAGGUUUAUUAAUUUACCAGAUUGUAUAAAGAAUUAUGAUUUGAAUGCAUAGUCCCAAAAACUUACCAUUCCUUUUCAUCCCUUGUUUUUGCAAAAACAACUAAUUUCCCAAUUUUCAUGAGUUUUACUACUUAAAUGAGUUAGUUAAGAUAGUUUCCCUAAAGUUUGCCCUACAAAAUUAAGACCUGUAUUUUCAAAAAAAAUCACUUUUCAUCUUUUUCAAAAAGGAUUACACAAAGAAUAUUUAUGUCAGUAGUACCUGAUUAUGGGUUUCUUGAGAAAGGCAUUAAUGGCAGUAGGAGAAAUUAGAAAACUAAAUUAUGGGGUAUUAUCAAACUUUUUCUUUAUAAAAAUUAAGAACUCUGUUUAAAGAUCAAACCAUCUUUAUCACCGUUCUCUAUUUUUUCUUGUAGAAGAUGAAAUAGUAUAGUUUGCUGAUUUCAUCUUUAAAUUUUCUGCUUUAAAACAGGUUUCCAAAUCAGUUGAUUAUUGCUGCAAAUCAUAUAUGUGAUUCUCUCCUACAGUUUCAUGGCUUGAUAAAGGGCAAAAUAGUAACCAUACUAUCUAAAUUGAAGACAUGUCUGAUCCAAUAUAAAACUCAAAUUUUCCUUGCCAGUGUCAUUUUUCAUUAGUUCUUCCAGUCAUCUGUGCUUUGUUGUGAUUCUGUAACAUUUCCAAAUUUCAGCAGCCAUCACUGUUCCAGUUUAAAACUUGGUCUAGUGAUGCUCAAACAUUAACAUACAUAUUAUAUUAAAAAUGUCCCAGAGACUAAUUUGGUUGGCCAAUAGUGGGUUUGUAAAUUGGUGCUUUUAAAUUGUCUUGCUUAUUUUGAUGUGAGUGUUCUGAAAGUCGUUCUUUGUCAGUAACUUUGACUGUGGAGCUUUGAUUGGCAUCUUUUCUUACAAAUAGUACUUUUUAUGGAGAGCGCUGAACAGGUUGAAAUGUAAUUACACACAAAUUGCAAAGUAUGCUACACAUCUAACUAUGUCGACAUAGUUAACCAAGCAAAUUUUAUUGUUGUGCACAAAUAGAAUAUACAUACCUUAUACAUAUAUUCACUCUUACAUAAAAUUUUGCAGAGAACUCAGUCUCUUCCUUGCCCCUGAAGUAGUGGCAAAUUGGUUUCAUCUUGUUUGUUACUGAAAUUGAUUGGCUGCCCUAAGGUGCUGUGUUAAGAAUUUAAGUCUGCUCAUACAAGGAAAGACUAGCAUUCAUGCCAAAACUUGCUAUUUAUUAUCCCUCCUUUAAAGCUAUAAAACUUCUUGUUAUCGCUCUAAAAUUUCAGGUUUAGCCAAUCAGCUGGCAUUUGCAGCAACAAACUACCAUGUUGAAUGUUUCUGUUCUAAUACAAUACUUGAAAGAGAUUGUUUUAAUCCAGUGGUCCCUUCUUUAGAGUAUCACAGAAUUUCUGAUAUGCCCUAAAGAACUAAAAGAAUCACAGCCAUAAUAAAAUCAUUAAUAAUACCAGCAAGCGUUAGCACUAAACUAUAUUUGCUUCUGAGUUCAGCCACCAUUAAAAUGAGUGUGCAUUUCUUUCUCUCAAUCUUACACUCUGCUUUGCUUUGCUCUGCACUGCUCUUCUGUUCUAUUCUCUUUUCUUAUUCAACACAGGCAUUUGAAGUGGGGUCUUUGCACAGAGCUACAUCUUCAGUCAUUUUUUAUUUUGAAACAAGAUCUCACUAAAUUGUCCAGGCUGAACUCAAUCUUGGGAUACUGCCUCAACUUUCAAGGAUGCUGUAAUUACAGGCACAUGCCACCAAGAUUCUCUCUUUAAAACUUUAACAUCCAUUGAUGCUUGAAUAUUAGUGUACAUGGAAUAUUAAACAUGUAGAUUCUGAUUUGGUUCAAAGUAGUUCAUAAAUUAGCAUUUUUAAAUUGUCUUGCUCUUUUAUCAAUGUUCUGGAAGAUUUUCUUUUGUCAUAGGCUUAGAUUAUGGAGCUUUGAUUUGUAUCUUCUCUUUACAAAUCAUAUUCCCAGCUAGAAUUGCUUAAUUAAGGUUUUACUAUUAUCAAACAAGAUAUCAUCACAUGGCCAUUUUCUGUUAAAAAUAUUAGCAUAAUAUCUAGGGCUCACUUUAAACAGGCUAAAUGAGUAUUUAAUCCAAGAUUCUGUACUAUCAUAUUUGCAAGCCAGUGAUUGCUGAGAAUGCCAGUUUCUCCUCCAUUUCCAAAACUCAGACUGUUUUCUUUGAUACCAGAGAUCAAACUCAUGACCUUGCACUUACCAGGCAAUCUCUUGAGCCACUGAGCUAAAUCCCCAGCCAACUCAGACCGUUUUAACUUGACAUCCAACCACUGAUUGCAUACUUAGAUUUUAUAACCAGAAUGUUCUAAAACCUCUCCAACCUAAAUCAAGUGAAAAUUCUUUCAGUUGCUCACAGGUCGACCUUCUAAGCUGCUAAUGAUGACUUUCUCAACUUUUUUUUUUUAAAUAUGCCUAGUCUAGAGAUUAACCAAUCUCUAGAAUUUGUCUUGUAGUAUUGAAAUUCUAUACCCAUUACAUCUCCCAUUGGCCUUUCCCCAGCCUCUGGCAACUUCUUUCAUAUUUUCUUACCAACCUUUUUUUAAAUAUGCAAGAUGAUCUUGUAACCCUUGUCUCUACAAUAAUAGAUUUAUAGUUAUUGUUAUUUUGCUCUACAAGUAUAAAUCUUAUCCUAUAGAUAAUUAUAGUUACUUAUAGAAACUUAUUGUUUCAAAGCAAUAAUGCUUAUAUUGAGAUUAAAAGAUUCUCAUAAUCUUCAUGAGUGGAAGAUAUUCUGUCUGCAUAUUUUUCUACUAAUUUAGAGGUAGAGUUGUUUAUUAUUCUGAGACCUAGGGACUCUAAAUGGACACUGUUUGAUUGCUUUUUUGUUGAAUAUUUGCAAUUACUGUUAACAGAACAAUUGGGCUUAUAUACUAGAAUUUCCAUAGCUUUUUCAUAUAUAUAUAUAUGCCAGUUUUGUCUAAGAAAGUAUAAUUUAUAUGGACAUUUUUUUAAUCCAAGAUUCUGUACUUGAGUGGACAUUUUUCCUGGAAUUUAACAGUAAUUUCACUGAAUGAAUUCAAAAUCUUUGAUUAAUUCAGUAUGAAACUUUAAGCAGCCUUACAGGAAACAUAAUUUAGGUGUAAAAUUAAAACACAUCUGUCUGCAAAUGAACUAUUUCAAAUACUAUUUUCAAAAUCAUUGGCAGUAAGAAAAAACUCUACCCAAGAAACAUACUCUUUUUUUUUUUUUUUUUUUUUUUUUAUCGGUACCAGGGAUCCAACUCACGACUGCCUGCUAACAAGCAGGUGCUUAUGACGCUGAGCUAAAUCCCCAGCCCCUCAAGAAACAUAUUCUAAAAGCUUACUCUUUGAAAGCUCUCUUUAAAAUAAAUCUUCCUGUUAUUAAAAUUCUUUAAGAAAAUCAAUAGUUUAAAAUUAUAUAAUCAAUAUAUAUGUAAAUAAGCAAAAAUGACGUGUACACUGCUUAUGAUCUUGUUAUAUAAACUUAACUAUCUUGAAACUAUCAAAAAUUAGUUGAUCAUGACACUUUGAUAAUAUUGAAUCUUUAUUCAUUUUAGGAAUUUAAUAAUUUAUGGUAUUAAUGCUAUCUUACUAUCAGUGCUUUCAAACUAUGGCAUUAUUUUUAAUAUGUGUCCAUCUUCAAUAUUUCCAUAAUUUUUGUAGCACUCAAAUUUUUAACAAUCUUCUGAUUUACUUCAAAAAAUUAGUUUAGAUUUUGUGUCAUCAUUUCAUUAUUCUCCACUGUAUUAUUAGAAAUGUAGUCUUGGCAGGGAGGGAAAAACAAUCUCGAGUUGAAAAGAGUUAACCAAGCGAUUGUAGUGAGUGCAGCUAGUAUACUAACAUUAUCACAAUAUCAGGGCCCCCUUGCUAUUAAAGAUCUUUCUGCAUUGUUCACCGUUAUCACCCCUAAAUCACCGAAAUUUAUUCACUGCCCUGCACUCCUCUGAGCACAUGCUUUCAACACCCAGAACUUAACCUCCCCUUGAUUUGUAGUCUCUGACGUAAGCACUGUCUUUCUAACAGGAAAACUUUAGAAUAACACAGUGAAUUCCAGCCUGAAAAUUCAAUGAGUUCAGAGCCUUAUUCCAUAAUUAUUAACCUACUUUGUCAUUUAUACUAAAUUUUUCUAGAAUGAGGAAUGCCUGUGGACAUUAUAAGAAAGUAAGUGCACUACUGCUCCUCAGGAAUUAUUAAACUGCAUCCCACUUAAAAAUGUCUUUGAAUUAUUAGCUAUCUUUGUGCAGUUCCACUAAACACCAUUAUAUUGUUCGACUCUUUUCUCUCUCUCCUUUUUUUUUUUUUUUUUUUUUUUGUCCCAAGGAUCAAACUCACAACCUUGCUCUUGUCAGGCAGGUACUGUGCUGCUGAACUAUAUCCCGGCCCUGACUCAUUUUUUUAAAUUGAUUCACAAAGAUUUUGCAUUUACAACUAGCUUUAUUUUUUUAAUCAUACAUGUUUGCAGUACAUAAAGUUUACAUUCUUUGUGGGAAAUUGGUACAUAGCACAUCUUAAUUACUUUUUAAUUCCCUUUCCCUCUUUCCUUUCCUCUAUCUCUUGCUCCUCUUCCCUUAUGAGGAACACCUAUCUCCCUACUUCCUAUUGGCUGUCUUUUUCUUUUUAUUUGCAUUUUGGGCUUGUCAUAGAGGAGUAAUCAUGCAAUAUUUAGUUUUGGGUGCCUGGUUUAUUUCACUUAAUAUCGUGGUCUCAGGGUGCAUCUGUUUUCUUCCAAAGACUCAAAUUUAUUGUUCUUUUUGGUAGAGUAGUACUCCAAAACUGGGUGGUGUGGCCAGCACCUGUAGCCACCAUUUGGGCUGCUGAGGAAGCAGGAUCAUUUGAGCCCCCAGCAUAGCAAACCUGUUCGCAAACAAAAUAAAUAAAAGUGAAACACACACAAAAAAGCGCUUGUUGUAAUUUAAUAGUACUUCUAUUGAGGUGAUUUGAAUCUGAUGCAAGACACAUUACCUAAAAUCCACAUACAAUUUGAAGGAAAUGUUUUAUGGUUUAUACAGAAAAGAUAAACACAGAACUUGAUUCUAAGGUUUUUAAUAGCUAAAAUUCAAAUGACAAAUUAGCAUUAGCAAACUUAUUACAAAAUAACUCUAAAUUAAAAUCAAUGUAAAUACUAAAUUAUUCACUAUGUUUAUGUUAUAAUAAAGCCAGCAAAAAUUGUAUGUUUUUGGACUAUGAUUUCAAGCAUUGAUGGACACUUCAAAAAUCCUUCCAGGCUUGCCUUUGAACUCAUGAUGUGCAGCAAUAUAGUAUGUAAGGGAACUUUGUUGCCGAUCAGAAGCCCCGAAUCUGUGCCUUUUAGCUGGCCCCAGGGCACAUAUUUGAACCUCUGUGAACUCAGCUCACUUAUCCAUCAAAGAGACACUGAUCAGAGUAGGCAUUCUCCCUAGAGCCCUGUCAAUUUCUGUAUCUCUGGAGUCAGUGAAACUUUCCUUCCACACCCUUCUUUCAUUUUUCUCCAGCUGCUCUUUGUUUCACCUGAUAUUUAUUAACCGUCCCAUCUUUCCUGGCACCUUUGUAUUUAGUGCCAACUGCUUCACAGUGUUGCACUACUUUGUUUCAAUGGACUUUGUCCAGUCCAUUGUUGCUGCCAUCAAAUGUUUGUGUUGUUUUGUAUCAGUGAAGUAUACGGUCUGCCCAAAAAAAUGUAUACAUACUUCAAGGGAAGAAAAAUUUGUGUUAAUAUUUUAAUACUAAAUUUAUUAAGACAUCAUGAGAUUAAUACAAGUUACCUUUGGACUCUAUAGUUACAAGAGGUGCUCAAAGUGGUGGCCAUAAGCUUCCAGACAUUUAUUAGUACAGCAAACUGCUGCUUGGGUAACCUUGGUCAUUCAGAUCGCUACACAUACAUUUUCAUGUUCAAUUUCUUCUCUCAGGGCUGGCAGUAUAGUGGGGUUUCUGUGAUAGGUUGCUACAGGAGGGUAACACCGAUCUGCUAAAAACAAUCAUACUAUUUUUCUUUUCCUGAAGUGUGUAUACGUUUUUUGGUGGAUACUAUAUUUUGAGCACUGUUUCACAGUGUAAUUAAUUAUAAAGGAUAGUUUUUUAAAGAAAAGAAAAUACAGUUUUUUAUAAUGGUUUCAACUAUACUUCUCACAUUUACCUAUUCGUGACAAGUAAAUGAAGUAUCUGUUGAACGAAAAAAUAGGACAGUUUGAUUAGGCUUCAAAAGCUACUUUGAAUGAAAAAGCUUAACGCUAAUCAUAGUAAAACAUGUAUGUUAUACAAAUGAAUGUACCUCUAGUCUCCAACAUGGGGUCUGGCACCCACGACCACUGAAUGAGUAGAAAGACAGUGAAUUUAUUAAGCAAAGAAAACAAAUUUUUUUGAAGUGAAAAUUUAGGAUCUGCAAGAAGCAAAAGAUUUCAUAUUAAACUGUACCUUAAUUUGUGAGUUUCUUUAAAAUAAAAAUGACACUGUGUCUCUUAGCAAGUUUUUAAAUGAUCAUUUUCAUGAACAUUAAUUGCCUCUUUGAUUUGUCUGUUAAGUACUUUGAUCUCAAAGGUGAACAGGAAGGGGGACAGUGAUGAUUAAGUGACAAGAGAAGAUUUAGAAAAUCCACACAGUGUUAGGUAUAGAGGGAAGUGCAAAGGAAGAAACUGUCCGGUUUAGAAUUUAAAUUCCGGUUAAAGAGAUAGGAUUGUCAUAAGGGAAGCUAAGUUUAAAAUAUAUUUAAUGAAGACAGGUGGCAUCUAAAAAGUCUUGUGGAAUAAGGAUAACCACCUAUUUAAAGCAGGGGCAACUUAAAUACCUUAGCAACAAAGUCAUUUGCACUGAACUACAUCCUCAGCCCCUUUUUCCCUCUAAUUGUCUUCUUUUGAGACAGGGUCUUUCUAGGUCAUUUAAGUUGCCCAUACUGGGCUUGAACUUUGAGUCCUCCUGCCUCAGCCUCCCAGACUGCUGGAAUUUCAGGUGUGCACCACCACCACCAGUCCUGGCUAAACUUUUUAAAUUGUAAUAAUUUGCAUAUAAUUUGAUACGAUUUUAAAGUUGUUUCACUAAUUUCAUUUUAUCCUGAUUCCAGUGAGUUUGGUUCCACAUCACUAUCCUCACCUAACCAAUAAAACUCUGGCCCUGGGGUGAAAUGAUUUGCUGUAAUCACUUAACUCCCUAAUAAAAUUCUGGGGUUUUAACAAGCCUGCUGCUUAUCGAAGCCUUUGUAAGAACAUUACAAAAAUUUUAAAUGUUAAGCUUUGAAAUCAAAGUUAGGGGGCUGGGGACUUAGCUCAGCGGCAUAAGCACCUGCCUUGCAAGGAGGCGGUCAUGAGUUCGAUUCCCGGUACCGAUAAAAUGGAAAAAGGCAAAAAAAGAAAAAAGAAAAAUCAAAGUUAGGUAAAAUUUAAGCAUGUAAAAUUAGCAUAUAGUGGGUUCAGCAGUACAAGCACCUGACAGGCAAGCACAAGACCCUGACUUUGAUUCACAGUACAAAAUUAAAAAAAAAAUAGCAUAUAGCUAAUUCGAAGAGGUUUAGGAUGCAUUCUACGUAAUUUCUUGUUUUCUUCCUUCUGUAGGCCAUUUUGCACUUAUCACGUACUCAGUUUAAGCCCUGGUGAGAAGCACAGCAAGUUAAUUGCACUGGUGCUUUUAUCUUUGCAUGAGUCACUUAACUGGAUUCUGUCCAUCGACACAUCAGCCUCUGCCUCAGACUCUUAAGUCAUCUUUUGUGCUUUCCUCCUUAGUCCGUCAGAACUUCCUCUCUUCCCAUGCCACUAUCAAAAAUCUUGCCACGACACCAGCACUGCAGAGUAACCCUCAAAAAUGUUAUUUAGAUCAUUUAACUACUUCAUUUGUAUAGUAAGCUCAGUUAAUUAAAAGUCAACUAGUGAGUCUUUACAGUCUUAUGAGCAGGACCACCACUGUUAAGUUUUGGACAGACAUUUGAAAGGAAUGUUUCAGGUUUUUAUCAAAUUAACUCAAGAACCCACAUCUUCAUUCCAUCAUCAUCCAGUGAUCAUACUUGUUAAAGAGGAUAGUCCCAGGCAUGCAACAAAAUUCAAUAAUAUUAAUUAUGUUGUAUUUAUUAAAGUAAAAAUGCAAAAUAAUACCUAUUAGAAAUUUUUAUUUCAGUAGGAUUAAUAACAUUGUGAUUAUAGCUCUAAGUAACAUAUUCCCUUAAGUAAAUUACCUUGCUCUCUGGUAUUCCCAGUUAACCAUUAUUUUGUAUCAUCACCGAGGAGUUUGCAGGUUGAAUUCCAAAUUCAUAUGUGAAGACUGAAUUAUGCUGACCUUGUAGUUAUGUCUCUAAAAGUUUCAUGUGCAGAUUAGCUUAAUCUGCACAAAGUAUCAUAUUUAUAAAUGUUUAAAAGAUCAAUAUGCUUCAUAUUAUCAAGGAGGAGCUUAAUAGUUCCACAUUUUUCUUUUACUAUGAGAAGAAUAAAUCGAUAAUAAUCCACUUCCUCCAUCCCCUCAAGUAGUAACAGUAAUUUCAGCUGUACUUUUGAGUCCUGGUCCCUAACAAAGUUAUCAUCCGGAGGCUGAUCUCAGAGAAGUAAGGAGCACAGACUACUGUCAGCCAGUCCUGGAUUCAAGCCAAAUUCUAUUGGUUGUGGAAUUUGAUGCAAUUUACUUAGUUUUACAAUGCUGCUUUGAGAAUUUAUUCAUUUGGCAUUCAUUUUGUACUUAUCAACCAUCUGUUGUGUGCCAAACAAUCUUCUAUGUCCAGGAGAUUGUAUCAGUAACAAAACAUAAGGUUCCUUAUGGUCAACCAAAUUCUCUUAUUAAAGAAAAUUAAAUGUCUUCAAAUACAUGAAGCUGUUAGCAAAAUAUCUGUCAUCAAAUAAGCACUUAAUAGUAACAUCAUUGUUAAUUCUUAAUUCACAAUAUACACAUCUUUAAAAAGUGUAACAAAAUUAUGCAAAACCAGGAGAGGAACUUGUUUUAUCACAAGAAAUCACACAUCAGCCAGAGGGGAGUUGGGCUUACUGUAGGCUCUUGAAGUUGUUUUCUGACGACGGUUAAAGAGCACAAUUGAACAGAAAACAAAAAAGCACUAACUAUAAAGGACAACGUUAUACUUUAGGCUGUAUCAAAAAUUUUUAUUCAUCCACAGACACCAUUAAGAAAAUAAACUGUUUAUAAACUGAAAAGUUUCGUUUGAAAUUGGAAUCUCUUUGUAAUUUUAUAAAAAAAAUAAAUAAAUUUUUUUAGUUUCAUCCAGUGACACCAUAAGAACCGCUUAAAAGGAUUACUAGGCAGUUUGCAUGAUGUGAGAACCAAUUGCCCCAGCACUAAUAGAAUUAUUUUCACUAAUUUUCUAAUAUUGGUGUAGGUAUCCAUAGAGAAUUGACAAUUGCUUUUCUAUGUCUGCCAACUUUGAUUUAUUUUUUUCCUGAAGGACUCUCUUUCACUUUCAUUUAUAAGAAAUAGGAAAAAUCUUAAAAGAUAUCAUGAGACCUUUUCAAAAUCAUUUAUUUGCUUUCAACAUUUGAACUGUAUCUCAUUCAAUGGUUUUUAUACUGCCCGUCAUCUGCUUCCCUGUUAUUUUGCUUCAAAAUCAGUAGGAGUAUGUGGAUUCAUUUAGAUUGUUUUUGUCUCGCAACUGUUUUCCACCUGUCUAUUCUAAAGUUGAAACAUUAUUACCAGAUAAUAUUUGCAGGCCAUUUUGACCCUUAAAAAACAGCUUUUUAAAUUAAUGCACACUUUAGCUCUUGUUUUCAGAAUAGUAUGGAGCCAUUAAAAUUUAGGCCCCAGUGAUUGUCUUAAAGAGUUUCUUACAGGUCAUUAUCUUGAUACUCAGCUUUUCUUCUUUCAUAUUUAAACUAAAAAAAAAUUUUUUUUGUACCUGGGGUCAAACUCAUGACUGCGCACUUGCAAGGCAGGCACUUAUGCUGCUGAGCUAAAUCCCCAGGCCCUUAAACUAUAAUUUUUAUCUCCUAGCAUUAGAGCUGUCUUCUUUUGAUAUUUACAAACUUUUAAUCCUCUCACAGUGAUAUUUCCAUAAAGUACCCCACGACUAUUCUAUUGAUUGUAUACUUUUUUGCUGACUCUCAAGAUGAAAAUAAUGUCUUUUAGUGUCAUUUUUUAAAAGGAAAAUUUUAUAACUGGGUAUCCAUGUUAUCUUGUAUCAAAUUAUUGAGCUUUUUAAUAUUGUAUCAAUUUAAAUUUAUGCAAAUUUUAUAUUAGCAAUAGCAGUAGCAGUAAUAAUAUGUGGGUUAGGGGUUUCCAAGCUUUUGUAAAAAACUAAUUAAAUAUGUGCCUACAUAUUUUCUUUUUAAUCAAUUUGUAAUGUGGAGUAAGAAGCCACCAUGUCACGUAAGCAAUGGCAAUUUAAGAAAAAUGAGACCAUUCAUUUAUUCAUUUAUCAAAUAUUUACUGUGUUCCCUUCAUAAACCAGGUGUUGUUUAGGAAAAUUAUUUUUUUCUCCAAUCCCAGAUUGAAAUGACAAUCAGCAGUAAAAUUUUUUAUUUUUAUUUUAAAUGUCUUUAUAUGACAUAUGGUUUGGGACAGCAUAUGCCUUUGGUAGGCUUCAUUUGAAAUAACAAAAAAAAAUUGGAGAAAUAAUUGGCUUUUAAUUUCCGCUUUAAUUUUACAGGUAAAUACUUGACAUCAUUCAUAGCAUUCUGUUGUAAUGUACUAUUUUCUUUUCAGAACCAAUAGAAUUUUCUCAUUUAUUUUUAGAAUUGUCACAUAGGUUAUUUCUGUAGGAAAGCAGGCCUUCAUUGGAAAUUUUACUUUAAAGCUGAUGAAUGAAUACAUGGCCCCUUACAUUUGAAGAGAUGAAGUAAUAUCAUAAAUUAAGUCCUGGCCAUUGGCAUUCAGCAUGGUUUUAAGUGUGAAAUACUAAAUAUACCGCUUGACUUUGUAUCAAGCAUUGUAAGGUAAAAUCUUGUUUUGUUUUUGCUCAGGUCUUAAGUGAAUCAUUCUCCUUUCUAUACUGUUACACAGUACUGCCUCACCAGUGGUCCCUGAAAGUCCCUGUCCUCCUCAAAGCACUAAUUCUGGCUCUACUUCAGAGUAUGCUGCUUUCUAAAGGUAGUUUCAAAGAAGUUUUUAAAUGAAGAAAAGGAAAGAAAAAAAAAAAACCUCCAAUACUUUUGCAAGAUUAUAGUAGUUGUAAUACCUUUUAACAUUUUGAUUAAGAUACAAUUUGCGCAAUGUGAAAUGCUCAUAUCUUAAUAUACCUUUCAAUCGAUUUUGACAAAUAUGGAAACAAAGAAUGUUUCUCUCACACUGGAAAGUUCCUGUGUACCCUUUCUCUGUCAAUUUUUCCGUGCCCUUUCACCAUCCCAGCAAUCACUGAUCUGAUUUUUAUACCACUGGUUUUGUAUAUUCUGGAAGUUUAUUUAACACUCGAAAAACUCCAUUGUUAAGCCUAAUAGAUUUGAAAUUAUCUAUAUUUUUAAGUUUCAUGAUAGUUCUUGAUACCUUUUUAAUAAGCAGAUCUUCACUAAGUACAUAUCUUAAUUGACACUCUUAAAAAUAUGGCAGCAAGUCUAUUAGAAGAAUGCAGGGGAACAUACACUAUUAAUAUCAACUGAAAUACUCAUAACAUUCAAACAACUCUGCCACCUUAGAGUUAUAUGGAUCAAAAGAUACUGUGUUGGAAGAUUCUAAAUAGUAUAGUAAAAAGAGAGACACUGGGUGAAUGCAUUUAGCAAUUGCAAUGACAACAGAACUGUUGUUUCCUUCCGUUUACUGUUCAGGCUACAGAAGGUAAUUAUGACAAAUCAUCUCAGGAGAGGAUUAUCUCUAUGCUGGACAGAAAACUUUCAUGGUUUGUCAAUAUGAUGAUGCCUCAGUAGCUGUUUUAUACUCUUAAAAUGAUGUAAUGUGGAGCUGUAGAACUUACUUUUGUUAUGAGACUCACUUUGAUCUGUAAUUCCUAGCAAAGAUGAUACGAGUGAAAGAAGAGCAAACAGUGAGAGCAAUAUCCAGGUUGCAUUUUUAUUUCUCUGAACGUCCUAAUUCUCCUUGCCUAAAUUUUGCCAUUUUUGCAAAGAUUCAUUAAGGUCCCGGGGGCAGCAAUAAAUUUGAGCAAGAUUAUAUCAUAAUUCAGGGGAGUUGUAUUACUAUACAAUAUGUUCCAAUAGAUCCAAACGGUGGAUUUUACUCUUUAUUGUUGGCUAUGAAAAGAAAACCAUAUCCACAGCAAAAAGGUGGCUGAAUUUACCAUAUCUAACUAAAGGAGAGGAUCGAGCUGACCUUCGGCUAGUCCACUGACAUCUUUAAUCAUCUUCAUUUUCAAGGCUGUUCAGGAACACAAAAGGGUCCUGGUACAUUGUCACAAAGUGACAGCGUGCACAGUAGCCACCUCCUCAUCCUUAUGGGAAGUUAGUAUACCAUUUUCCUUACUGCUACAAUUAUUCAGCAAGAGAAAGAACACAAAUACAGCACAGGGCUUAUAUCAACUCCACCAGGAGAAUACCUAAAUGAAGUAAAUUUAGACGGAGUAGUGAGAAGAUGCUAAUCUUUCUCUGUAUCUCUCUUAUUCAUGCAUUUUCUCAUUUCUUUCACCUUCCUACCCAUCACUAAGUAGUCCUACUUUCCUUCUCCCUCACAGACUUAUUUUUCUCUUUCUGGUUCCUAUUAUUUUACUGUAUUUCAUUCUAAUAAUUCAAAAAUACUGAAUUAAGACAUCUCUUUAAUAUGACCUACUUUGGUGUGGAAUCAGGCUUAUUUCUCAUAAACACCAGUUGCAUUUCAAUUACCAAGGGAACUUCAUUAGUAAAAUUUAACCUAUAAAGUGAACUUACAUGCCAUCAUACUAAAAUAUGUCUGAACUCUAAAGAAUGCUAAAUUCUUUUGAGCUGUAUGCACAAAUUGAAUUCUCUAAAUGGCCCAUGACCAUUUUAGUUGUAGUAUUUAAUUUUAACUAACUGCCAAUAGUGUUUCCUACCGCAUGGAGAAAUGAAGAUAUGGUCUUUGUUCCUAUUUGAAUAUGAAAAAUAAUAUCGGCUAAAUGAUAGGCAAAGUGAUCUUAGGUUGUGAAUUAAACCAUUCUAAAACUCAUUGAUGUACUUUGAAGGGUUUUGAAAGACUGUAGAUAAACAACAAUUAAAGCUGAUAGUAAAUAAUUGUUCCUCCUCCUUCCUACUUAUGCUUUGAAAUGGCAAAAAUUAAGUUUUUAGGGGGCAGGAGGAGCAGCACAGUACUAGAGCACAGCUGAGUAUGCACGAGGCCCUACGUUCAGUCCCCAGCACCAAAAACAAAUGAAAGGUUUUUACAUUCUGGUUUGUGCCUUUGUUUUGUUGUUACUUAGUCAAAAUAUUAUUAAAAGUGCUGUUUUUACAUACAUGUAUAGUAAUUUAAGUUAGACAUUCAAACUUCAUGUCAAACCCAUGUGUUUUUCUAUAAUGUAAUUUAAACCAUAACUGCACUUGCAACAAAUAAUUUCACCUCUCUCUGAAAUGGAAAAUGAGCUCAUGAAUUGUACUUGAGUAGUGAACCAACCUGUUCUUUAGGGGGCAAGCUGAUGUGAAGGAUUGAAAUAGAAACAAACUCAUAGAUGCUAGUUUUGCUGACAGUGUAAAGUAUUAUGAUAGUCACUUUAUGUUGAUACAAUUUAACUAGAAUUAUUCAGGAUUUUUUUUAAGACUAGUCAAGUGCUGUAGUGAGAAGGGGGGAAAGAGUAGAACAAGGAGUUCAAUCUGUACUGACUGUGAACAAUCAAUUGAGAUAACUCACUACCUUCGGACCAGCCAAUUAUUCAGGAUUUAAAAGGCUUUUCAUGGUAUAAUUUCCAAGCAAGGAGCAAUAGUGAUUUAAAAAAAAAUCAUUUAAUACAGUUCAAGGUUUCUGAAGCAUUAAACUUUUCAAGUUUAUCCUUUUUUCUUAAAAAUAAAAUAGGUUUUUGAGCACUGCACAGAUACCCCUCUAAUCAGAAGAAGAACAAGUUAACAUGAUAAAGAAUUUCAGAACUAGAAAAGAUUUUUGUCAUCAUCUAAGUGCAACGUAGUUCAGCAAAAAAUCAUAAUCUCAGGGGCUUGGGCUUUCCUGCUCUCAGUACUGAAAAAGUAAAAGAACAACUACUCCUCCUGCUGUUGCUGUAGCUGUGCAGCUGUCCUUACAGUUCCUUCUCAUAAUCUCCAUAAGAAAAGAAUCUGUGUAGUACAACUUUUAACUCAAAUGACUGGCAAAGGUAAAAAUGAGUAAUUAGAAGUUUUAUUAGUAGUUGUAGUUCUCAAUGGUGUUAUUGCUUCUUGGAGAAUACAUUUGAAUGGGCUGUGCCACCUUCACUAUCAACAACAGGUGAUCCACCAUGGUAUGGUGGCGCACACCUGUAAUCCCAGCACUCUGGAAUCUGAGGCAGGAGGAUCCUCAUGAGUUUGAGACCAGCCUGGGCUACAAAGAGAGUUCAAGGCUAGCCUGAGCCAUAUACUGAAACCUUGCCUCAAAAAAAAAAAUUGGUGAUUCUAUCCUAUUAUUAAGAAGAGUUUUAUUGUGGAGCAGAAGCAAAAGGAGACAAGCACAGCUUUGAAUGCAGAGGCAGAGUGAGACAGUAUUAUGUUGAGGUUAUUUGUUCUAUUUUCUCAGUCCCACUUCUUAUUCAUUAAAUCAACAGACAGUUAUCUUGUAUACUUAUGAGCUAAGCACUCUGCUAGGUCUGUAUGUUACAGUACAUAGCAAAUGCAGUCGUUGGCCCCAAAGAGCACACAGGAUGCUCAGUAUAGAAAAAGGAUGGUAAACCUUGUAGAGCCUUCAGUGAUACAAUCAGCCGCUGUGGCACACUUGCCCUAAGUUCACCACCACCAGCAUAGAGCAAUGCCAGGUAAAUAACUAGAGAGCAGAAAAACACUUUACAAGCCCCGUGCAGCUCCUCCACUGCACAAUUUAUUAAUUUUGCUUUCCUCACCAGAAUAUAAUAAGAAAUAACUACAAUAAGUAUUGAGCAUUUUAUAAAUAAAAAUGCUACAAAUAGCUUAAUAUUAGAAAAACAAGAUUAAAUAAUGUAGUACGAAUGGUUCUUCUAGGUAUGUUCAGCAUUUAUGUCAACACCAUAGGACUGCUACCAAGGAAAAGCUAUUUUAGGUAAAUACAAUUGUCUAGCGUUUGCAAAGUAAAAAAAAAAUCUGUGCAUAUUUGCAAGAGAGAUUGUAGAGUCAUACUAUUCUGAGUAUUAUGCAAGCUAAUUAUAGUUGGAAUGUCAUGUAUAAUAUGGAGUUUGCAUAUAUCUGCACCUUCUAUUUAAAAUCUACAUUUCAGUUGAAAUGUUUAACAACUUUUAAUGCUGAGACUGUAUUUACCAACAAAGGAUUAUGUUUUUAUACUCAGAAACUAUGAAAAGCUUCUGUGACUGCAUAUCUGCCCAUUAUAUAAUUUGCUAUGUUGGAUUUGGAGUUAUUGGUGAUUUAGCAUGCUUUGUUUUGUUGCUUUCAGUAUAUGUGCACCUGAAGUAAGCACUUUCUGCUUUUAGUUUUUAAAUAAUUUUUUUAAGUUUUUAAAUAAUUUAUUUAUGUGUAUAUGAUCACAUUCAUCAUAGAGAAUUUGUAUCUGUAUAUGAUGUACCUUUUUUUCCCUAUUCCUCUACUCUCCCUUCAUCCCCUCCUCUUCUGCUUAUAAAAGCUUUGUUUCCAUUCUUUUCCUUCUCUGUACUAAUGUUUUUAAGGUUUGUUAAUUUUCUCAGAAUACUAAUUUUUCUUAGAAUGUUAAUUUUCUCAGAAUAUUAAUUUCUGUCACAUUUACAUCCUCAAAAGAUGAAAUGUUUACGUAAUCAUUUAUUUUCAAUGUUUUUAUAUAGUUAUUCUUACAUUUAAGACUGAAAUUGUCAAAUUGUAGGAAAAGGAAAGGUUCUUUGUGUUGUUAAUCAUUUUAUAAUAAACUAAUCCUAAUUUUAGCAUUAGGUGUUUUGAAUUUUUAUCAGCAUUUGCACUCUAAUCAAAUGAGGCAUUAGAUCACAGAUUUAGCCUCUGGGAUAAUCAAACCCAGAUGACCUGCCUUUGAGAAUCAUCACCUUACAGUCUCACUUUUUCUUCAGCAAUAUAGUAUUUUGGGUCUCAGAUUAUAAUUAGGUAACUCCCCAGUUUAAUUUUAUUUUCUCAAAAAUAACAAAAAUAUUCAUACUUUAUAUGCAUGCCACUUAUUUGAAAAAAUCCAUUAAUAAAAUUUUUUCAUGGUAGAGACCUCCAUUUUUAAUUAUCUUUUCCUGAUGGAUGAAAUUCAUUAAUAUGGAGAACUUCCAUACUGUUCCUUACUAUUUUAUUUCUUCCAUAUAUAAUUUCUUUGGUGCCUACUAUCAUCUUCUUUUUAUUGUAUCUGUACAUUUCCAUUUGUCAUUUAUAUUUAGAAUAAAGAGAUUAAAGUGUGAACAUCAGUAACCCAUUAUUUUUACCAUACUUCUUAGAUAUUAGCAGGUGAAGGCUAGAAACAUCAGUAUUUAAUAUUGUUUUCAAAUGUGUUUAUGAUAUUGAUACUUCAGUGAUUGAAAAGAGGAAAACAAUAUAUAGUCAAAUAGAUAAAAAAGAGGAUAACUUACCCAGUAUGUUUUUUAAAGUAUAUGAUUUCUGUGCAUUGCAUGGCAGAGUAUUACUAAAAUUUCCCUAAAUAAGUUCUCAUGAUAUUCUUAGAUUUAAUGGAAUGCUUUGGCUGCAAUUGGAUUUGAAUUUUCAUAGUGACAAAGUCUAUUAACAGUAUUUUUUUAAACACAAUACUGUUUCAAGAAAGUUAUAAUUCAAAUUCCUGGUUACAUUUAUGCUAAAUUUAUGAAACUGUACUACAUUAGUAUGAAAAAGGUAAAACUGUAUAUGCAUUUAGAUUUUUUAAAAGUACUACUAAAAGUACUGCUUUUUACAAAAGUGUUUGGUAACUUGUGGCACUUUGGUAAAAGAAUGUGCAAUUAUAAAGGUUUAUGUCACUAAAUUUUUUAACCCUGAAAUUGCUCUUACUAGGCUUUGGAUUCAAAAACAAACCAAGCACCGUGACUAGCACUUUUUCUACUAGUAAUUCCUGUUUUUCUAAUAAGGUGGAACAUUUCACUUAAACCCACUCUCUUCAAAAUUUUUACUUUCCUUCAUCUUGACCUCAAAACUUUUAAAGAACAUUUUAAAUUAGUCCAGUGGUGAUUGAAAAAUAUUUUAGAUAUCAUGGCCAUUUAAUCUUAUACCUCAUUUUACUAAUUUUCUCAUCAAAAUAAAAUUCUUGAAAGUAAUUAUUCAAACAUUUUUAUUAUUUUAUAUUGGUUAAAAAUAAUUGAGCAAUUGAUAUCUGUAUAGCUAUUAUUUAUCUUAAAAUCCAGACUGGUGUAGAUAACCAAGUACACUGAUGUGCUUAAAACAUACCCAUAUUACCCAAAGAGAAGUGGUAAGAUAUGUAAUAAAUAGAAUUCUGCAUGAUUAUGGCUACUGUAUAGAUAUACGUCUUGAUUAGGUUAAGAGUAUUUUCCUGUGAGAUACCCAUGGGUAGUAAAAGCAAAAUGAAUAUUGAAUGUUUACCAUUAGAUGUUGGCAUUGAUACAGAUUAUGCAUAAACUGUUGCAAUAAAGGUAUUCAUUGUGCCUGUAAGCUGAAAAUUUUAUCAUUGAUUUUCUUUGACCUCUUUCAUUUAAGGAUGCCCAAUCACGUUACAUUUAAAAACAACAAUACAUGAAUGAAAUGAUGACCGUCUUCCCCAUGGUGUUAAAUAUUCUGUUUUUUUGAGGGACAUUGGUUGCUUUAUAUUUUGACAUAAAUCAGUAUGUUCACAAACACGUCACAGCAUUUAGAAAUUUUACAUCUUUCCCUUUUCCCACAAAAUGAAUUUAAAAUUGACAACUGAAUUUUAUAAUUUUAAGCUGCUAAUUAUUAAAAAUUACCAUAUGGACUGAAAGAUUAAAUAUCACAAUAGCUACAAAAGAAUGCUAAUUAAUAAUGUAAGCCCAUACACUAUCAAACAUCUGAUAAUGUUGGGUUUCUUAUAAAGCCUUAAAAUAUUUUACUAAAAAUUAAUUACCUAGAAAAGAAGGCACUUUAUUACCUUGAACUAUUUAUAUAGAAUUUGUCUAAAAUCCCUUAAAAUAUUCCUUAUCCUUUUAUAAAUUUAUUCUAGUUAAAUGUUUUUCUAAAGCCACUUAGAGUGUAAUGUAAUAAAUCAAACUAUUUUAAUUAACAGAAAAUUAUGUUACAUAAUAUAACCAAUGAACAAAACAAAUAAAAAUCAAAAGUAACACUAUAUAUGAUAAUGGCAAGACUGUCUAGGUCUACAAUCAUUUGAAGUUAAAACUGUAAAUUUUGAAGAUUAUUUUCACUGAACAAUUUUGGGCCAAUUUUUAUUUUCUAGAUCUCAUUUUUAAUUUUUGUUGCCUUGUCUUGAAAUGUUGGUCAAAUAUAACAGCAAUCAAAAUCAUUAGCUAGCCUAUCAUAACUCAACUUUUAGUUGAGGUUUUCUUUAAUGUAAUCCAAAGCAUAAAUCAAUCAAUUUUCUUUCUUUGCUCAAGUCAGGUUGGUGAAUUAUCAGAUUGAAAGCAUCCACAUAGGUGUCCUGCGGUGUAAGUGUUGGCUGUCCCGGAAAUCAGUAGUUGAUUUAUUCAAUCGAUGUAGUUCAGCAGAAAAAACAUAGGAUAACAUGUAUAAGGAUAGGCUAAAAACAAAUUUUGCUUUCUUUUUUUUGUUUGGGAGCAGCAUACUUUACAAAGAAAAUAUUUUUCCAUAAUAUUACUUAUUUUUAAGUCUCUCCAUGGAAUCAUUUUUUUCUAUAUCUGGUUUUCAGCAUUUUACUGUAUGUAUAUGCAGUUGCAUAGAGUCAUUACAUGGUAUGGAAAGAAGUCAAGAUUAUCAGAGUCUGUGCUUAUCAAAGAGAAACUGAAGACAAAAUUCCAUGUUGACUGUUUAGUUUGUUUCUUUGCUUUCUUUUUAAAUAAGAUAUAUUAACCCAAAGGUGUGUUAAUGUCAAGGCAUGAACAAUCUUAAAUGUAGAUCUACUGAGUAUUUUGUGAUGCUGAGUAAAAAACUUCUCAAUCUGUGAUGCUAAAUAUUUUCCUUAGAAAGUUUUGUUUAAUGUUAGAUUGUUGUUCUGAAAGAUGUUGGUCCUAGUGGGAUUUUUAAACACUUGGAAAUCAAAAAACGCAUGUAUCACAAGUAUAGAUAUGGUGAAUUGUAAACUUACCGUAUAGUACUGAUUCUAUUUUCAAAAAUGUUUCACUGUUAAAUAUAGACAACAUGAAAUUGCUGCCGUACUGUAAUGGAGUACUUUUUCUUAAAUGACCCUGUUAGCACUAUUCCAGAACUAGACAUUGGGCAGAUAUAUGAUUGAUUCAUGUGUCUGCAUAGAUACAUCAAGGUAUAUUCUUCUCUUGGUGAGUAAAACUAUAUUUUCCUUGGCAUAAAUGCAUUGAGACUUGAAUAUACCUGUAUCUAUUCUUAUUGCACAUUUCUUAUGCAGUAUCUUUUCAUAUGCUAUAAUUGGCCUAGGUACAACAAAAAUCGAGGGUUUGUUACAUGCUUUCUAACAGAAAGGUUUUCAAUUGUAUUAAUUAUGGGUUUGUAUUGGGAAAUUCCCUUUUCAAUUUCAUAUUUGCUAAAUUUAAAUUAAUAUUUUUUCUUUAGCUCACAAAUUACCCUAAUUCCAGAGAGAAUGUCAACCCUUUUCACUGUUGUCAAACCAACCAUAAGGAACAGCCCUAUGACACUACAAAAACAGUUGAGGAAUAAGGAAUAAAUCUCUUAUGUUACAAUCCAGAAUAAAGGCAUUUGGUGAAAGAAAUGAGCCGAAGUCCAUCACGAAUGCAAGGCUUCCGCACUUGACAUUCCUCCACGGAGGGGAAGACUCAUUAUCAACGACACUGGUAAACUGGUCUUAUGUGAGAAACCUUCCACCACACUGGAGCACUAUUUGACUCUGUCAGGUUUUUGUGGGAGUUAUGUUUGUUUAAUUCAUUGAAACUUUAAGUCUUCAACCCAUCAUUUGUCAGCCUUGAGGUAGAAGACAUGUAGAUUUGAAAAUACUUUCUUAAGAGAUCAUGUAACUAUAUAACUCUGACUUUAAAAAUUGAGGGGGAAAGGAUGAUUUCAACCCAUGGCCUCUUACAAGAAACAUUUUUUUAAAAAUCUGUAACUGCUUUAGUGUUAACAGGGUACAAAGUGUUUUCUGUCCUGUAUUGUACUUAAAAGGUUCUCAUUGAUUGUGAUUGUAUUGUACUGUAUGAAAAGAAAUCAUAAAUUGCCUUGUGUUGUUUAUGAUCGAUCAUACUACAUACUAUUUCAGUUUCCAUGUUCCAACUUUUUCAGUGAUGCAUGUUAACAGUUAGGUCCUAAAAUUCCGUGGUGCUAAUUCUUCCAUACCCAAAUGGUGCUUCUGUGGAUGCUAACUGCACACAUGCUGAACAAAGCUUGAAAUUUAAAACUUUCCUCCUUCCUCUGUUUAUAUGAAGUAAAAUACAAUAACUUGAACUUGUCUCAAAGUAUCACUGACAAUCUAAUAAACCGGUUUAUAUGUGUAA